AGAGAGAGCUCGCCCAGCCGAACCCCAUACAAGAAGGACCCGCUGCCCGCCUCUCUCCACACCAACACCAACCCGCAGCAUCCGCGUAUUAUCGGACCGGAGCCCGUGUCACCUGCCCCCGUCAAAUGCUCCGGAUCGGGACGCCAGCCGUGUGGCCAAACCAGACGUAGAGCAAUGCGGCCCCGCCUUCCGCUCCCGCUCCCGCCAGCCGGAGUGGAACAACCCGGUGGCCGCUACGGUUCCGUGUCCGUUGAGAUCGUGUAUAUUGGGCGCUACUGACGAGUCUGUCCGUGAUUGUUUCCCGCUCGUGACGCCCGCAUCUGCGCUCCGACAUCGCCAUGAAGCGCUCGAACCGCCCCAAGAACUUGUCCGGGGGCGGGAGCGGCGGCCAUCAGAGCAGCGGCGAAGGCGAGACCGCGGCCAUCAGCGACAACACGGACGCCAAGAAGGUGACGGUGGAGAUCGAUGGCAAGAAGAAGCGCACUGGCGGGCCUAGCCACAAGAAAUCGGUCGUCACCACGCAUUUGGAUCUCCCAAGAGAGUUUGCCAAGUGCAAAGAAGAGAACAAGACUCGGCUGGAUUUGGCCAAGUCGAACAUCUCACUGGUGCCGGCUUCCAUCAAAGAACUAACGCAAUUGACGGAGUUAUACGUGUACUCGAACCGCUUGGCCGUGUUGCCCAAUGAGAUCGGGGGAUUGUCCAACUUGAUGACCCUGAGCUUGUCAGAAAACGUCUUGACCUCCUUACCGGACAGUCUGGCCAACCUAAGGCAACUUCGGGUCUUGGACCUUCGACACAAUCGCUUUCCAGAGAUUCCCCCUGUGGUCUACACUCUAACUAGCCUCACCACACUCUACUUAAGAUUCAAUCGAAUCAAGGAAGUGGGCAAUGAGAUCGGCAACCUGGCGAGACUGACCAAUCUGAGUAUCCGAGAAAACAAUAUCACAUCGCUCCCACCUUCAAUUGGGAAUCUGACUGGUCUCGUGACAUUCGAUAUGUCGUACAACCAAUUAGAAACGAUACCUCCAGAAAUCGGCGAAUGCACCCAACUUCUCACCCUGGACCUUCAGCAUAACAAGUUGGCCAAUCUUCCCGAUUCCAUCGGAAACCUGGUGCACCUCACUCGAAUUGGGUUAAGGUACAACCGUCUCUCCUUCAGUUCCAUUCCGUGCUCGUUGGCCAAGUGCAACGCCUUAGAGCAGUUCAAUGUCGAGAAUAAUCUGAUCUCCAGUCUACCCGAGGGUCUUCUCAGCUCACUGGAAAAUCUAACGCAGAUCUCAUUGUCCAGGAACCAAUUCUCGAAUUUUCCACCCGGGGGACCCGCCCAGUUCAUUAAUACAGUGGUCUUGAACAUGGAGCACAACCAAUGUGACCGCAUCCCGUAUGGGAUAUUUUCUCGUGCCAACCAUUUGCAGAAAUUGAACAUGAAGGAAAACAUCUUGACCUCUCUUCCCAUUGAUAUUGGUACUUGGCAUUCUGUGGUGGAACUGAAUUUUGGAACCAACCAAAUCCAGAAGCUCCCUGAUGAUAUUGCUUGUCUGUCAAAUCUUGAAGUUCUAAUAUUGUCCAAUAAUCUGUUGCGGAAGCUCCCGAGUAACAUUGGACAACUUCAAAAGCUCCGAAUCUUGGAUCUGGAAGAGAACAAAUUGGACAUCAUUCCGAAUGAGAUUGGUCGGCUGCGAGAGCUUCAGAAGCUCAUUCUCCAAUCCAACAAUCUCUCACAACUUCCCAGAGCCAUUGGACAACUGUCCAAAUUGGAAUACUUGACAGUCGGUGAAAAUCUCAUCUCGUUGCUGCCUGAAGAGAUCGGUUCGUUGGAGUCGUUAGAGUCGCUCUACAUCAACGACAAUCCACAUCUUCAAUCGCUUCCCUUCGAGUUGGCGCUCUGCUCCAAACUAGAGAUCAUGUCCAUUGAGAAUUGCCCUUUAAAUCAAAUCCCAGCCGAGAUUGUUGCCGGUGGCCCGUCUUUAGUCAUCCAGUUUCUGAAAAUGCAAGGUCCUUACCGAACAAUGUAAACAUCGUGGUGGUCCAAGAGCCAAACCAACCGAUAUCCGAAAACGGUGCCAAAAAAACCCGAGAAAAAUAGAGCCCGGCUUCUCCCUCUUCUACGUCCUUGUGAUGCUUCUGAUGAGGAUACUGUUGCGUCUAUCUAGUCGAGGAGUGGCUAUGUACCUCAGGUACAAUAGCUGGCUCGUCUUCAACCCCAUUGCUGCCAUACAAUUCCCACCAUUUAUGUAUGAACCAAACCCCUGAUGCUUUUUCUGAUUGGCCCAUUUGCAAUAGGCCAACCACACAACCGACAUCAAAUCUAGAAUUCCUUGGAAGCCCUCCUGCUCCCUGCAU